AUGUCAAAAGAUAUUGCCCUAGAUCCCUAUGAAUGUUGUCUAUUUAGGAAACAACGUAUAAUUUCCAUUAACUCAACGAGAAAGAACCACUUCAAGUUGUUGAGCCAUGUCCACUUUGAUGUAUGUGGACCCAUUGAAGUAGAAUCACUUGGUGGAAGCAGGUAUUCCGUGACAUACAUUGACGAUGCUUCACGAAAGUUGAACACUAGAACUAGUAGUGGGAUUUACAGUCUAGAAGUUCUACCAGAGGAACUAAUUAAGUCAAGCUAA